UCCCCGCUCUUCGCCCACUUCUCCGCUCCUCUCUGCAAUACAAAGAGAAAGAGAAAAGAUUCGCCGGGUAGAGGACGGUACUCUCUCUCUCUCUCUCUCGCCCAUCUUUUCUGAUUCUUAGGUCUUUGAUUUUCCAGGGCAAUUGAUCUGGAUGUUACAUCCUCAAUAGAUCAGUCGAAUAAGCUCGAAUCUCCGUUUGUUUGCUGCGAGCCUGUGGAAAGCGGAGUGGAAUUGAAUAAUUAAGUGUUAGUUUAGCAUAACAAAGAUGGUGCCAACUGAGUUGUCGCGCGAGGAAAAUGUUUACAUGGCCAAAUUGGCCGAACAGGCUGAAAGAUACGAAGAAAUGGUUGAAUUCAUGGAGAAAGUGGCAGUGGCAGGGGAUGCUGAGGAAUUAAGUGUGGAGGAAAGGAACCUCCUCUCUGUUGCUUACAAGAACGUGAUUGGAGCCAGGAGGGCUUCUUGGAGAAUUAUCUCUUCUAUUGAACAGAAGGAAGAGAGUCGUGGAAAUGAAGACCAUGUCUCCCUUAUCAAGGAGUACAGGGGAAAGAUCGAGGCAGAACUCAGCAAGAUCUGUGAUGGGAUUCUCAAGCUUCUCGAUUCACAUCUCAUUCCCGCUGCAACAGCCGCAGAGUCCAAGGUGUUCUACCUUAAGAUGAAGGGUGAUUAUCACAGGUAUCUGGCCGAGUUCAAGACUGCGGCUGAGAGGAAGGAGGCUGCUGAAAACACAUUGCUGGCUUACAAGUCCGCCCAGGAUAUUGCUUUAGCUGACUUGGCUCCCACUCACCCAAUAAGACUGGGACUUGCACUUAACUUCUCUGUCUUUUACUAUGAGAUCCUCAAUUCCCCUGAUCGUGCCUGCAAUCUUGCAAAGCAGGCUUUUGAUGAGGCUAUUUCCGAGCUAGACACAUUGGGUGAGGAAUCAUACAAGGAUAGCACAUUGAUCAUGCAACUUCUUCGGGACAAUCUGACACUAUGGACUUCUGAUGUUGCGGAUGAAGGUGGGGAUGAGAUCAAGGAAAGUUCAAAGCGCGAGCCCCCAGAGGGUCAGCAGUGAUUUGUAGGAGCUGUAGUUUGUACUUUCAUUUGUGAUCAUAACAUGGAUUGUACUUUUGGGAGUCUGCAGAAACAUUCCAUAAUCUGUGUGCUGGUGUGCCCAGGAUUGUACUGCUCCUAUUGGUUAUAAGCUUGUUUAUUGCAGAUCAAAUUAAUACGAUUUGAUGGGUAUGGCUA